ACUAGUGAGAGAUUAGGAACUCCUUACCUGAGGGGAUCUACUUUCUUCCUGAGAGAUUUAAUGGAGCCCUCCAGCAUGGAAAGUGAAAUAAUGUUAAAUAACAAUUCUGAAGAUGUUGGUCCACAGCCAAUUGUGAAGUUCAGAAAUGCUUACAAGAGGUAUGGCCGGACAGCUGUUAUACUGCGUGGACUUAAUAUGACAAUACCGACGGGCACUAUAUAUGGUCUGUUGGGACCUAGCGGAUGCGGUAAAACAACACUGCUCAGCUGCAUAAUCGGCAGAAGAAAACUUGACAGUGGAACUUUGUUUGUUGAUGUAAAGUCCAAAGUGGAUAUGGGCUAUAUGCCACAGGAAGUAUCACUGUACGAGGAGUUCCAAAUUCACGAGGUUUUCCGAUACUUUGGACUUUUGACUAACCAAACUGAAGACUACAUCAAGCACCGUGAGAAAGAACUUGCAGAGCUUUUAGAUCUUCCUCCAACAAACAGACUUGUCUGUAACUUGAGCGGUGGACAGCAAAGAAGGGUUUCAAUGGCAGUAGCUUUGUUUCACAACCCAAAGUUCCUUAUCCUAGAUGAGCCCACUGUAGGACUGGAUCCACUCUUAUGUGAAAGCAUAUGGAAAUAUUUUAUACAUAUAACGGAUGUGGAACACAAAACAAUUAUCAUUACAACCCAUUAUAUUGAAGAAGCGAGAAAUUCACAUACUAUGAUUCAAGGAUUCACUUGUUGUGCUUUCAGAUUGGAUUAUGAGAGGUGGGAUUCUGCUAACAGAGAGAAGUCCCCUCCAACUCAUGGAGAUGAACAACUGUUCAAGUCUGGAGGAGGCAUUUCUCAAAUUAAGCCAGAAACAAGAGGACAUUCCAUCAGAUAG